AUGAUGUCUCAACAUGGCUUUUCUGUUCCGUUAUGCUUUAAAGCGUUGACAGAGCUCGAUAAUCUCUUAACAUGACUUUUCUGUUCCAUUUCAUCUGUGUCCAAUUCCCGCCAUUUCAAUCCUAAUCCAAUUCACUUUUCAACCACCUCCCACAUGGCGAGAAUUACGAAGGGAACAUGUAUGUUCCACCUCAAAACCUGCAAAUCCAUGAAACAACUCAAACAAAUCCAGACCCAAGUCUUCAAAAUUGGUCUCCACAAAAACAAAGACGCCGUCAACAAACUCAUGGCUUUCUGCACAGACCCCUCUCUUGGAAACUUGUAUUACGCUGAAAAACUAUUUCAUUUCCUUGAAGACCCACAUUUGUUCGUCUACAAUGUUAUGAUCAAAGCGUAUACAAAGAAUGGUAGGUUUAGAAGAGCUCUUUUGUUGUUUGAUGAAUUGAGAUAUAAUGGGCUGUGGCCUGAUAAUUUCACGUACCCGUUUGUGUUUAAGGCGAUUGGAGGGUUAAGAGAGGUUCUGUCAGGUGAAAAGGUUCAUGGAUUUGUUGUCAAAAGUGGAGUGGUGUUUGAUUGUUAUGUGUGUAACUCAAUCAUGGAUAUGUAUGGUGAAUUGGGUUAUGUUGGUAGUUUGAAAAAGAUGUUUGAUGAAAUGCCUGAGAGAGAUUUGGUUUCUUGGAAUGUUUUGAUUACUGGGUUUGUUAGGUGUAACAGAUUUGAAGAUGCUAUUGCAGUUUAUUGCCAAAUGCGACGAGAAAGUGAUGUGAAACCUGAUGAAGCUACUGUUGUGAGCACACUUUCGGCUUGUACAGCGUUGAAAAAUAUUGAACUUGGUAAGGAAAUUCAUCAAUAUGUGAGUAAUGAACUUGGAUUUACUACUAUAAUUGGCAAUGCAUUGUUGGAUAUGUAUUCUAAGAGUGGUUUUUUGGGUAUGGCUCGGCAAAUUUUUGAUGGAAUGCUGACAAAGAAUGUGAUUUGUUGGACAAGUAUGGUGUCAGGAUACGUCAAUGGAGGUCAGUUGGAUGAAGCUAGAGAGUUGUUUGGGAGAAGUCCAGUUAGGGAUGUCAUUCUCUGGACAGCUAUGAUUAAUGGGUAUGUGCAGUUCAAUCAAGUUGAUGAGGCAAUGGCCUUGUUCCAGGAAAUGCAAAUGAAAAGUAUUAAGCCGGAUAAAUUUACUGUCGUUUCUCUGCUUACAGGUUGUUCUCAAUUGGGGGCCUUGGAACAAGGCAAAUGGAUCCAUGGAUACAUGGAGGAGAACAGAAUAAAAAUUGAUGUGGUUGCUGGUACUGCUCUUAUAGAUAUGUAUGCAAAAUGUGGGUGCAUAGAGAAAUCAUUGGAGAUCUUCGGCAGGUUAAAAGAGAAAGAUACAGCUUUAUGGACUUCAAUCAUUUGUGGGCUUGCCAUGAAUGGGAAGACCAGCAAAGCACUGGAGCUAUUCUCAGAAAUGGAACAAGGUGGGUUUAGACCAGAUGAUAUCACCUUUGUUGGUGUUUUAAGUGCUUGUAGUCAUGGGGGACUGGUGGAGGAAGGCCGCCGGUAUUUCAGUUUGAUGAAGAAGUUGUAUCAGAUUGAACCGAAGUUGGAACACUAUGGGUGUCUGAUUGACCUGCUUGGUCGGGCUGGACUAUUAGAUGAAGCAGAGGACUUGAUAGAAGACCUACCCAAAGAAAAUAAUAAGAUUAUAGUUCCACUCUAUGGUGCUUUUCUUAGCGCUUGCAGAAUCUAUGGAAAUAUUGAUAUCGCUGAACGUGUUGCAAAACGGCUCAUGGAAAUGGAAUACGGUGAUUCCACUGUCCAUACCCUUCUUGCCAAUGUCUAUGCAUCUGCUGACAGAUGGGAUGAUGCGACAAAGGUGAGAAGGAAAAUGCGAGAUCUUGGAGUUAGGAAGGCGCCUGGAUGUAGUUCAAUAGAGGUUGAUGGUAAUGUCCAUGAGUUCCUAGCUGGAGAUGCAUCUCACCCAGAAAUGUAUAAAGUUUACUCCAUGUUGUUUAGUAUAGCUAAACCGUUGUCAGGUUUCGAAGAAAACAAAAUGGAACAAGAUAAGCCGGUAGCAGGAAAUUUGUGAUGAACAAUGCCAUAUUUUUGCCAGUCCAAAUAGUGAGAAACUGGUUAAACUGUGAUAAUUGUAUCGGUUAAGUGUUGAUAUUCUGAAAGAUGUAC